AUGUCUUCGUCCAUCACAAAACAAUCCUCAACUUGCAGGAUGCUUGCACGCCGUGGUAUCCGCAGAUUUCUUAAUACCCGGGGCUUUCAUCACUAUUCGCCAUCAAUGAGCCCUGCAACGGAGUUCCGUUCGUUUCUUAACGCCCUCCGGGAAAACGGAGACCUAGUUGAUAUUCACCAUGAAGUCGACCCUGACCUCGAGAUCGGCGCAAUUUCUCGUCGAGUGAGCGAGAGAGACGCCAAGGUACCACUCUUUCACAAUGUAAAAGGUGCACAACGGGGGCUAUGGAAAAUGACGUCCAACCUUCAAAGCUUAAGUCAGUCUCCUGAAUCUCGAUAUGGCAGGAUUGCAUUGGGUCUCGGUCUACCGGUCGAUGCGCAGUGGAAAGAGAUAAAUAAUCGACUAUUGAGAGCUAAAUACAUCAAACCGGCACAGUCUCAGGUGCUUGAGACUGGGCCAUGCAAAGAAAAUAAACUGUUUGGUGAUGAGAUCGAUCUCACGCAGCUUCCAGCACCACUGCUCCACCAGAAUGAUGGCGGGAAAUACAUCCAAACCUAUGGAAUGCAUAUUCUUCAAUCACCAGACGGAUCGUGGACCAACUGGUCCAUUGCCCGUGCUAUGGUCAAUGAUAAACGCAAGCUUGUUGGGCUUUGUAUUCCGCCACAACACAAUUGGCAGAUUCGAGAAAUGUGGAGGAAAGAAGGAAAGGAUGUGCCAUGGGCACUGGCUCUUGGGGUCUCACCGGCAGCGAUAAUUGCCGCUGCUCUGCCAGUUCCUGAUGGGGUGUCGGAGCUUGAAUAUGUCAAUGCACUCACUGGUUCUUCUUUGGAUCUUGUUAAAUGUGAGACCAACGACCUCCUUGUGCCAGCCACAAGUGAAAUUGUAUUCGAAGGAACCCUUUCGACAACGGAAACAGCGCCUGAAGGUCCGUUCGGCGAAUACUUCGGUCAUUCAUUUGAACAGGAAGAACGACAGUGCCCUAUCUACAAUGUCAAUGCUAUUACAUAUCGCGAUGAAGCAAUCAUGCCGGUGUCAGUCCCCGGCAAACUUACAGAUGAAUCGCACGUGACGGCUGCCUUGAUAGCACCAGAAAUUCUGGAUAUUUGCCUGCAAAACGAUCUACCAAUUGUUGAGGCAACCUCACCUCUGGAGACGUACGCGAGCUGGGUGGUCCUGAAGGUGGACUCCGAGAAACUUAAAACAUUAGGAAUAUCGUCCAAGGACCUUUGCAACCGGGUUGGAAAUACUGUUUUCAAUGAUAAGAGGUCGUUCCUGGCAUCUCGGCUUCUCCUGGUCGGAGAUGAUAUCGACAUUUACGAUUUCAAGGACGUAAUGUGGGCAUUUUCAUGUCGCUGUCGUCCUGGAAAAGAUGAUUACUUGUUUGAUGAUGUUCCUGGCCUUCCACUCGUGCCUUUCAUGCUCAACACGCCUCGCCCAUGUCGCGGAGGAAAGACCGUGUCUGACUGCUUGCUUGAAUCUGAAUAUACAUCGGCAGGACGUAAUUGGGAAAUGGUGGACUUCAAGAAUGCAUAUCCCAAGGAUAUUCAGCGAAGAGUUCUGGAAAGAUGGGAGGACAUGGGGUUGAAUUGA